ACAGAGAUAGGGCUCUCACUGGAACCAAGACGAUGAAACCAACAAUGACUUCAGAGUAGAACUGCAAGGAAGCUUGAGUUCGUGGAGCUCAUAUUCUAGUUGAACCAUGUUUCUCAGAUCUCUCAUAAAGCAUUUAGGCCUUUGAGGCUAUUGUUUCCUUGAGGCGUGGUUUGAGCCCUGGUGCAGAGCUUGGUAGUAGUCUUACUCUGGGAAGAAAACGUCCAGAAAGCAAUCAGGGAAGCUGUGGGUGUGGGUGUGCUUGUUGACCUUGCUGUAUAAUUUGAUUAGGUACUUCACCAUGAUACUAAACGGGUGCACAAUGCCCUCUGGGCGUGAUUUUAUGAGUUCCAGGUUGUCUAAGACCACCAUAGCUAGUGGCUCAUUUUUCACAUGCAGUCCUUGUUUGCCUGCCAGAGCCACCUUCUCAAGCAUAAGUUCACGGGGAUCUCAUCAAGAGGGUAAGCCACUCUUGCACCUCUCAGCUGCAUCAACCCAACUUUUAAGUGGGGAUCAGGGUAGCCUUCUACGCACAAUCCCCUUGUUACCAAGGCGACACAAAUCUCGUAUGACUCCUCAGGCAUCCAAGGAUGUUCCAUACAGUUUCCGUUUCCCUCCAAUGACCAAGAAGCCAAGAUGGUGGUGGAGGACAUUGGCAUGCCUCCCCUAUUUAAUGCCUCUCCAUGAGACAUGGAUGUAUGCUGAGACAGCAUAUCACCUGCACCCCUUCUUGGAAGACUUUGAAUUCUUAACGUACCCAUUUCUUGGAGCCAUUGGGCGGUUGCCAAGCUGGUUCUUGAUGGCAUACUUUUUUGUAGCAUAUCUUGGAAUUGUGAGAAGAAAGGAAUGGCCUCACUUCUUCAGAUUUCAUGUGGUGAUGGGUAUGUUGUUGGAGAUUGCAUUGCAGGUGAUAGGGACUGUGAGCCGCUGGAUGCCACUUGCUUUCUACUGGGGUAAAGUGGGGAUGCACUUUUGGACAGCCGUGGCAUUUGCUUAUCUUUUCACAGUUUUGGAGAGCAUACGUUGUGCUCUUGCUGGUAUGUAUGCUGACAUCCCUUUUGUCUGCGAUGCUGCAUAUAUUCAAAUUCCAUAUGAUUAAGGAGGGAAAGCGUGAGAGGGGAUCUGUCUACCUUUCCAUUUUGUUGGCGUUUGUUGUAUGACAGAAUACAGACUUUGUGAGCAGAACUACUUUUGGUUGUUAAAAAGUUGCCUAGCUUAAAUUUCCUUAAUUGGAUGAGUUAUGUUUGUACUGAAUUAGGAUCCUCUUUCUAAUUGUUAAUUGUAUAGCUUUGGUAUGUUAAUUUCA